AAUCAGCUAUUGACAUGUAUUUGUCUCUCUUCAGUUCCAUCUCACCUGAUUAAUCAAUCACUCAACACCAAUUCCAGGCACCAGUUCUUUAAGCAAACGAUUAAGAGGUAAAUUCCUUCUUCUUUUUAACCUAGUUUAUUAUUUCCGCCAAGACCGACGGCGCUUGGUGCCGGAGAGACGCCUCUCUCACUCUCCAUUCUCUGGAUUCCCGUUAAUUUCCUGCCGAUCAGUUGUACAUGGAAGGUGAAACUGGUAAUCAAUCUAAGCAAGAACGUUUUAGAACAAGGUGGACACCAUCCCUUGAUAGGAUAUUUGCAGACUUGGUAGUGCAGCAGAUUCAGUUAGGAAACAGACCAAAUAAUGUUUUUGACAAGAAAACUUGGAAUCACAUACGUGAUGAAUUCAACAAGGAGACGGGUUCAAAAUUUAAUAACAAUCAACUGAGAAAGCACCUUGAUGUACUGCGGACACGAUUCAAUAAUGUGAAGUCAGCGUUUGCUCGAAAUGAGUUUGCUUUGGUGGAUCCCUGUGGUGUUGGAUUUGAUUUGUGGGAAGAUUCUUUUGGGGCACAACCUAGGCCUGAGGCAGUUAAAGUCAAGGACUGUCCCAUAUAUGACCAACUCUGCAAGAUUUUCACAGAUACAUCAGUUGAUGGGAAGUAUGCCCAAUCAAGUCACUUUGAGGGUUUGGACAAAUCUGUUGGAAAUGAUAUUGCAGGUAGAAUUUCAUGGCCAGAUGGCGGAACCUCUCGUUCUGAAGAUCCAUCAUCAUCAUCAAAAUUAUCAAAAGGAAAUUCUGUAUCAUCAGAAAAGGCAGUGAAGAAUGCAGGGAAAAGAAAAAGGAAACGUCCGUCUGAGACACCUUCUUCAGAGCAGAAUAAUAGGGAUCAAGAACUUAAUGAAGCUAUGGCAGAAGCCUUGUUGGAGAUGGUAGCUGCUUCGAAGUGGAGGGAAGUUGCUGCAAGACAAGAUGAGGAGAGAUUUACCAUAACUAAUUGUAUUGAAGCUCUGGAUGAGAUUCAAAAGAUUGACCAGCAACUUUACUUUGCAGCUUUGGACCUUUUUGAAGACCCCACCUUACGAGAGACCUUUCUCUCUCUCAAAGGUGAUGACCUACGGUUGACUUGGUUGCAGGGUAAGUGUGGUAGAUAUAAUCAUUUUGGAGGUUAAGGCAUGUGUCAUUUUUAAACAACCCCCCUCCGCCCCGCAUCGUUUUGCUCUCUCAAAGAUCUUUACUGCCACUCUUAGUUUUAAGUAGCAACAAUAUCCAUACCAUGGCUUAAAAUCUUGAUGUACAUGGGUUUUAGUUGUGGCAAGGCUAGCACGCUGCUAGGCACUUUCGGUUAUUCGUGAUUGAUCUGUGAUUAUCACCACCCAGAAGGAACUUGGACCGUAUUUGCAAUCUUGGUGCCAUGUGUUUGUAGUGUUUUCCAUUGCGGGUGGUGGAGAGCCUCCUGCCCAUGAUCCGGACCAGCUUUUGGAAGUCAACCUGUGAUCUAGACCAGUAAGGGUUGAAAAAAGAAUAGGAAAAGGAAAAAAAUCUCGAUGAGUGACCUGUUGGUUGACCUAUUAACAGCAAGGAAAGUAUCGAGCAUUCGAGCUGCUUGUGGAUAA